AUGCCUCUUGCCAAGCAUGAAUACAUGAGCGAUGUCUGGAAGGAAGGCAUCUUCAAUAACAAAGUCGUCUUCUGCACCGGCGGAGCUGGUACGAUCUGCAGUGCCCAGGUUCGUGCUCUGAUUCACCUCGGCGCCAAUGCCUGCAUCAUCGGCCGUAAUGUCGAGAAGACCGAGAGCGUCGCUCGAGAUAUGGCAACCAUUCGACCUGGCGCCAAGGUCAUCGGUAUCGGCGCUGUCGAUGUCCGCAAAUUCGAUGACCUGAAGGCUGCCGCUGAACGCUGUGCUCAGGAGCUCGGCUCCAUCGACUUCGUCAUUGCCGGAGCUGCAGGUAACUUCCUGGCCUCCAUUGAACAGCUUUCCAUCAAUGCGUUCAAAACCGUGAUGGAUAUUGACAUCAUGGGCUCCUACAACACCCUCAAGGCGACCCUGCCUUAUCUCGUCGAGUCCGGUGGCAAGCACAGAGUGGAUUCCGAGACUCUACAACCUUCCCCCGCAGGAACUGGUGGCAGAAUCAUCUUCGUCAGCGCCACCUUACACUACCGUGGCAUGCCCUUCCAAGCCCAUGUGUCCGUUGCCAAGGCCGGCAUCGACUCGCUAUCCAACUCCGUGGCCAUCGAGUACGGUCCACGUGGAAUGACCUCCAACAUUGUCUCUCCUGGCCCAAUUGCGCAGACUGAGGGCCUGGAGCGUUUGCUUCCAUCCGACGCGAAGGCUGCCUACAUCAAGUCGCAACCUCUCGGCCGUGUUGGCCAUGUCCGUGAUAUCGCCGAUGCUACCGUCUAUCUCUUCUCCGAUUCCGGGAGCUAUGUAACCGGCCAGACGCUCGUUGUUGAUGGCUCGAACUGGCGCAUGAGUGGAGGCAUUUCCGCCAGCGACAAGCUGAGCUAUCCCGACUUCCUUCUCUCUGGCCAGGAUAUUCCCAAUGUCACCGGCAAGAAGAAGUCCAAGCUUUGA